CCUCUCAGGGGAUGGCCAAGGUCCAGGAUGGACACACACCAGAAUGUGACAGCCCUGCGAUGUUAGAGGAGAGCCGUGAUGGAGUGAACAGCGCUAGCCUGACAGCCGGCUCAGCUCGACAGGUCUACAUUCAGCGUCACCACAUACACGGUUUCGGCUUCAUCGCAGGCAGCGAACGCCCCGUCGUUGUACGCUCCGUCUCAGCAGACGGCCCUUCGGACGGAAAACUCCUCUCGGGGGAUCAGAUCUUGGCCAUCAACGGCGAGCCGGUUCACGACGCCGCCAGGGAAAGAGUCAUAGACCUUGUAAGACGGUGUAAAGACUCCAUAGUGCUCACGGUUAUCCAGCCCCAGCAGUCUCCUAAAUCUGCCUUCAUAAGCGCAGCCAAGAAAGCACGCCUGCGAACCAACCCCCCAAAAGUGCGCUUUUCUGAGCAAGUGUCAAUCAGCGACCCAGACUCAACAAUGCUCAAAGACGACUCUUUACUCCUCAUACCAAACGUGCUGAAGGUGUUCCUGGAGAAUGGACAAAUCAAGUCGUUUACAUUUGACAGCCGGACCACGGUUAGGGAUGUGAUAUCGUCCCUGCAGGACCGCCUGUCGCUGCGCUACAUCGAGCAUUUUGCGCUGGUUCUGGAGUCGGGAGGAUUGGACCAGAACCAGAGACUGCACCUGCUACAGGAGCAUCAGCCUCUGUCCCACGUGGUGCACAGGACCUACUUCCAGGGGAUGAGGUGUCUCUUUCGGAUCUGCUUCUUUCCCAAAGACCCUGCAGACUUGCUGAGGAGAGAUCCAGCUGCGUUUGAGUACCUCUAUAUACAGAGUCGCAAUGACGUCAUCAAAGAGCGCUUUGGCACGGACUGGAAGUCGGAGGUCACGCUGAGACUGGCGGCCCUCCACAUUUACAUCACUGUUUCCAUAGCGAGGCCCAAUCAGAAGAUCUCCCUCAAACAUGUUGAGAAAGAGUGGGGUCUUGAGCCCUUCCUCCCCCUCACCCUCCUUCCCACAGUCAAGGAGAAGAACGUCUGCAAGACUCUUUCCCAGCUCCUGAAGACCUAUCAGCAUCCUCCCCCAGCUGGUAAUAAGGUUCCCCCGCUCCAGGGCAAGCUUCAGUACAUGCGUGUCCUGAACGACCUUCCACCUUUUGGAGGCCUGCUUUUCCACACGGUUGGCCUGGACGAGAAGCACUCGGCCACAACUCUGUUAGUGGGGCCUCGGCACGGGAUCAGUCACGUAAUCGACCUGAAGAACAACCUGACCACAGUCCUGGCCGAGUUCAGCCGAGUGGCAAAGGUCCAGUUGUUUCGGGAGCACCAGGGAGUGGCGAGAGUGGAGGUCACCAUUCUGGAAGCGAAGCCGCUGGUGUUACUGAUGGAGUGGCCGGAUGCCUCGAAUUUUGCCUGUCUGAUCUCCGGCUACUACAAGCUCUAUGUGGACCCCAAACGGACUGUCUACUACCGGACACCUGGUCAGUCUCAUAUGAUCAAGGCAGAUUACAGAAGUUCCCAUGCUCACUCGCGGCCCUCGGGAGCGACGGGUUCAAGCGGCGGUGGCGGCAGCGGAGGAGGAGGAGGAGGAGGGAGUAGCCGGCGAGGCGAAGAGAGGGAAGGGCUGUCCCGAGAGCCGUCCCAGAAGGCGUCCUCAAGCUCAGCCUCCUCGCAGCACCCCCAGCACCCACCAUCGCAACACCUGGGCCUCUGCCACAUCCACCUGCGGGAACAGCAGCAGCUUCGGGAGCUGCAGCAGCAGGCCGAGGAGCAGCUGGACAUCAACGAGAACCUCGUCUCACAGAGCCGCUGCCGCACCAAGUCCGAUCCCACGCUCAAGAGCGCCGAGGCCAUUGUCAUCGCGCGCCCCGACAGUUCCGCGGAGAGAGAAGUGGAAAGGGGCGGCGGCGGUGGCGGAGGCCCGGGCUUCAGGAGCCGGGCGAAGACCUUGGAGCGGCCGCACCGUUCCGGACGUUUCUUCUGCGACUCCUGCAAGGCCAGGCUCAAGGCUGAGGGUCUGAUGGUGGAGGACAGUCGGAGCAGCGGGAGCUCCGGGAAGCAGUGCUCGAGUGCCUGUGCCUCCCGAGACGUCGCGGGCAUCGUGGACCUCAUGGCCCUGCCUCUGCCCGGCAGCGACGACGACGAAGAGAUGGAAGAGGAAGCUGUCGGAAAACUGCAGCCUCCGCCUCCCGCCAUUGCCGCUCCCCCGCCGGGGUUUCGGGAUAACAGCUCCGACGAGGACGACCCGAAUAAAAACCCAGCAGCAACAGCUGCUGUCACUGCGGGAACAGUGGGAGCAACUGCGGGGGAAGUCCCGGUGACUCUGAUUGAUAACGUGGCCACCAGGACAGUGCGGGACCAUGCCCAGGAGCUGGACGAUGCGUUAGUCUCCACCCUGCAAGCCCUGGAGGCUCUGGCGGCCUCUGAGGACUAUCCCCACCACCACCACCACCAGCAAACCCCUCAAACCGCAGGGUUAAUAGUGCUGGCAGCCAUAACCCCCGAGUCGUCACUCGACUCUGGGCACGAGACCAACUCCUCCGAGCUGACGGAUGUGUCUGAAAUGGUGUCUGCCAUGAAACAGCAUCAGAACCAAGCUUACCUGCUGGCCCACCACAUCAACAAGGAACGGAUCUUCAGCCGAAGAGACUUCCCGCUGGCCAUUCCUGGCUGCACUGCCCAGACUCUGGGUAGCGGGGCCUUUUCCAUGACACAGAUCCGUGGUGGCUGCCCACCAAAACAGGUGAUCCUGAGCAAAACUGUGCCCUUGAAGGUCAGCCCCAGUCAAGGACCGGGGUCUCCCCGUCCUCCAGGCGAGCAGAGCAAAGCCCAAGAUCACCCACAGACUGAGGCGGAUACAGGAAAGCCUACAAAGUCAGAGCCUGUGAAGUCAACCAUGACUGAAGCCUCCUCUCCUCUGGCCUCCCAGCAACAGAAAGUCAUUGAACAGGCGGACGUGUCCACUGGCGGGAAAAUUCAGAAAGUAUCAGAGGGUAAACUGAGUCCUAACACCUCGGAGAGCAUCAAAGGGAAAAUAUCUGGACAGGUGAGUCCAGAGGUGACCAACAAAGCCUUACCCAUCCUUUUGCCUGUAGAUAGAAUCGCUUCUGCCAAGCUUAGUCCCACAAAAAUGUGCCAAGACGCCGAGACUGCCUCUAGUGAGACCAUCAAGCCUUCAAGCUUUAAGGGCCUGCUGCCAGUUGACGACCUCUUCUGCACGUGCCCAGUGAGGCCUGAGCCGGGGCCCCAGUUGAGACUGAAGGACCCCCAGACCCAGAAGGUGGUGGUGUUCCACUCCUCCUCGCCCACUGAUGAUGAGAGACUUCGUGCCAAGGGACUGCAACUGGCGAGCUGCAAAGAGGCCACAGUGCGGACAUCAGAUCCUAGUUUAGCCAAGCCUAGUACCCACCCGCCACCUAAAUAUUCCCCUCACAUUCCAGUGAAAACGGAGCGCAAAGACACACCCGACGACAAAUCUGAGAGCAAAGUCCUCCCAGAGCAACAGAAAGGUCUUGCCAAAUCCUCCUUACCCGUCCUGGUGGAAACGACACACAUAACUACCUGCGGGGAGAAGGGGGCCACCAUCCCCGGGGCUGAGCGGAAGAAGCAGAGCGGCGGCGGCAAGAGCAAGUCCCAGCGCAGCGCACCUUUCCAGAGCUUCCGGAAUCUGAUCUCGGCCACAUUCCCGGCCCGCCUGCGCCGCGAGACGGACGAGAGGCGGGCGCAGCUGCAGAAGGUGCGACAGUACGAGCUCGAAUUCCUGGAGGAGCUCCUCAAACCCAAGUCGUCGCAGGGCGAGUUUUUGCCCCAGGGGUCCUCGCCUGUCCCCGGGGGCACCCCAUGUGCCUGCCAGCUGCGCACGAGUCCAGUGCAGAAGGUCCCGGGCAUCUCUCGGGAGCAGAGGCGCAGCUGCGACUGCAAGAGGAUAUGUCGUGGGAUGAGGCUACCCGACACGCCUGUGGGAUCCUCCAUGGAGCCCCGUGGCGGGAGAGAGAGGCCGAUUUCCAAAACACCCCCUGCCAUUCCCAAGGCUCCCCAUAGCCAAGGCGCACCGCGGAGACCUCAGACGCUGGAGAUCAAAACCACCAGAAUCCGCUCCACCAGCCUGGAGUCUCGAGAACUUCGAGACACGCCCGUUUCCUGUUUACCCACUUGCACUUCACGCCCCGAGUGCAUGGGGGCGCCGCAAUACAAGAAACUCCAGCGAAGGUACAGCAUCGGUGAGCUGGACAAUAACAAUGAUAGCAUGCCUCUCUAUGCCGAGGUGAAAUCCACCAAGGCCAAAAGCUUAGAGAAAGAGAUGGAAAGGGUUAGGCAAACAGGACUCAGACUACCAACCCCGAUAGAGCCCAUUCAUACUCAAGGCAGCGAGGCAAAAAAGAAAGGCGUCUUCUUCAUCCAGGGAGAGGAGAUUGUGCGCGAGACCCGGGAGGGGACCAGCGAGGUGCUGUUGGCAAUACCCAGUGAAGGCAGCAGUGACGAUCGCGAGAAGUGCUGCUCAUUCUGCUUCUGCUACCGCAAGUGUGAGGCCGCCGACUCGAGCAGCGAGAAGGACGAGCUCUCGUACUCGAUCCCUCUGCAGGUCCUGCCUGGCAUGCAGCUGGACUCCCACACCAUGCCAGUGGUCAGCAAAACCUUACAGGUGCUCGACGCAGAGGACUGUAGCGGGGAGGAGGAGGAGGAGCCCCAGACACAGGAGAUCGACCUGCGCGCCUGCAGCAGUCUGGAAGCCAGCUUGGCACGGGUGCAGUCCCUGCAGGACAAGACUUUCUGCCUGCCUGACGGCUUCCUCAUCGCGCAGCUGGACGCCAACGAGCUUCUGGCCAUCCUCCGGCAGUGCGCCAACGGCCCCCAGACGGAGGGCGAGUCGUCGCGCAUGCCCGCCGCCCGGCUGGCGGAGUACAAGCAAGAGCUGGCGGUGCGCUUCAAGGAGUUCCGCGCGUCCUGCCGCCGCGUGGCGAGCGUGGAGAAGAGCCCCACGCGCAUGCUCAGCGCCGUCACCGCCAGCUUCCAGGUGCUGUGCAACCUGACGCAGACGUUCAUCCGGCUGGUGCACGGCAUACGCUCCGAGACCCAGCGGCUGCAGCUGCUGCGGAAAGUGGAGGAGGUGGCGGUCAACUACACGCUGCUUCUCCGGGCCGCCGAGGAGGCCAUGGGACACUCCAGCAGCCUCCCCAACAAGAGUGCCAGCCCUCAGACGCCUGCCUCCACAAACGCAGGCUCCCUCCCACGCUCCAUCAAAACCUUGCCCACCAAGUGA